AUGCAUCACACGAAGAAAGCAUUUGAAAUUUUGAAAUCGGUGCCAUUGAUUGAUGGUCACAAUGAUUGGCCUCACCUUAUACGUGGAUUCUACGACAAUUGCCUAGACGACCGAUUCCAGCGUGGAAACGACUUAGCAGGUCAUGUUGAUAUGAAACGCCUCAAAGAAGGGAAGUCAGGCGGGGCCUUUUGGAGCGUCUAUAUUGAUUGUCCUGAAUCAGACGACUUUACCAACAAUGCAGCCCAUUUCGAAGCUCUCCGAGACACAAUGCAGCAGAUCGAUCUUGUGCAUCGCCUGAUGGAUCUGUAUUCAGAUGAUAUGGGAAUAGUUCAAGAAUCAUCGGACAUCAUGCGGUUGUUCAAGGCCGGGAAAUUUGCAAGCCUCAUUGGAGUUGAAGGCCUUCAUCAGAUUGCAAAUAGUGCCAGUGUGCUUCGCAUGUACCACAAAUUGGGUGUGCGCUACAUCACUCUAGCUCACAACAAGAAUAAUCUAUAUGCAGAUAGCGCUACCUCGAGCUCUCCAGCACACGAUGGUCUCUCUUUGCAAGGAGUGCAGAUGAUUCGGGAGAUGAAUCGGAUAGGAAUGAUUAUCGACCUGUCGCACACGAGCGAAGCAGUGAUGCAUCAAGUACUUUAUAUUUCUGAUGCGCCCGUCAUCUUCUCUCAUUCUGCGAUAGCAUCAAUUGUUCCCCACGUUCGGAAUGUUCCCGAUCUUGUCUUGAGGAAAUUGAAAGCCAAUGACGGUGUUGUCAUGAUAACCUUCAUCCCGUCUCUGAUUUAUGAAGACACCCAGAAAUCCAGUGUUGAUCACGUUGUUGACCAUAUCAUCUACGCUGGCGAUCUUAUAGGUUAUGAUCAUAUUGGGCUGGGAUCAGACUACGACGGCAUGUUUAGUGCCGUUCACGGUGUUGAAGACGUGACUAAAUGGCAUGUGCUGGUUUCAAAAAUGCUUGAGAGAGGCAUCUCUGCGCCGAAUAUUGAGAAAGUACUUGGUCUCAACAUUAUUCGAGUACUGGGCAAAGUCGAAACUUCUUUGGAAUGA